AUGACAGCCUCCCGCCUGGACUUUGGGGAGGUGGAAACUUUCCUGGACAGACACCCAGAGUUGUUUGAAGAUUACUUGAUGCGGAAGGGGAAGCAGGAGAUGGUGGAGAAGUGGCUGCAGAGGCACGGUGGGAGUCAGGGGACGGUAGGCCCGAGGCCCGCAGUGGCCGGCACCAGCAGCUUGGCUCACAGUGGUGGCAGAGGCAGCAGCAAUGUUGCUGGUGGCACUGGACCAAAUAGCUCGGCCAACAGCCAGCCCGCUCCGGGUGGCGCGGACUGUGGUGGGGUUCCCCUGAGUCCCAGCUGGGCCAGUGGCAGCCGGGGCGAUGGGAGCCUGCAGCGGAGAGCUUCUCAGAAAGAGCUCAGGAAGAGUUUUGCUCGCUCCAAGGCCAUUCACGUGAACAGGACCUACGAUGAACAGGUGACCUCCCGGGCCCAGGAGCCCCUGAGCAGUGUGCGGCGGAGGGCACUUCUCCGGAAGGCCAGCUCCCUGCCCCCCACCACGGCCCACAUUCUCAGUGCCCUGCUGGAAUCGAGGGUGAAUCUGCCUCAGUACCCCCCUACGGCCAUGGACUACAAGUGCCACCUCAAAAAGCAUAAUGAGCGUCAGUUCUUCCUGGAACUGGUCAAGGAUAUCUCCAAUGACCUUGACCUUACGAGCCUGAGCUACAAGAUCCUCAUCUUUGUCUGCCUCAUGGUGGAUGCUGACCGCUGCUCUCUCUUCCUGGUGGAAGGGGCAGCUGCUGGCAAGAAGAGCUUGGUCUCCAAAUUCUUUGAUGUGCAUGCAGGAACCCCACUGCUGCCCUGCAGCAGCACAGAGAACUCAAACGAGGUGCAGGUCCCCUGGGGCAAAGGCAUCAUUGGCUAUGUCGGGGAGCAUGGAGAAACGGUCAACAUUCCUGAUGCCUACCAGGAUCGAAGAUUCAAUGAUGAAAUUGACAAGCUAACUGGAUACAAGACAAAAUCACUAUUGUGCAUGCCUAUCCGAAGCAGUGAUGGUGAGAUUAUUGGUGUGGCCCAAGCGAUAAAUAAGAUUCCUGAAGGUGCUCCAUUUACUGAAGAUGAUGAAAAAGUUAUGCAGAUGUAUCUUCCAUUUUGUGGAAUUGCCAUAUCUAAUGCUCAACUCUUUGCUGCCUCAAGGAAAGAAUAUGAAAGAAGCAGGGCUUUGCUAGAGGUUGUUAAUGACCUCUUUGAAGAACAGACUGACCUGGAGAAAAUUGUCAAAAAAAUAAUGCAUCGGGCCCAAACUUUGUUGAAAUGUGAACGCUGUUCUGUUUUACUCCUAGAAGACAUUGAAUCACCAGUGGUGAAGUUCACCAAAUCCUUUGAAUUGAUGUCCCCAAAGUGCAGUGCCGAUGCUGAGAACAGUUUCAAAGAAAGCAUGGAGAAAUCAUCAUAUUCCGACUGGCUCAUAAAUAACAGUGUUGCUGAGCUCGUGGCUUCCACAGGUCUUCCAGUGAACAUCAGUGAUGCCUACCAGGAUCCUCGCUUUGAUGCCGAGGCUGACCAGAUAUCGGGGUUUCAUAUAAGAUCUGUUCUCUGCGUCCCUAUUUGGAAUAGCAACCACCAAAUAAUUGGAGUGGCUCAAGUGUUAAAUAGACUUGACGGGAAAGCUUUUGAUGAUGCAGAUCAACGACUUUUUGAGGCUUUUGUCAUCUUCUGUGGCCUGGGCAUCAACAACACAAUUAUGUAUGAUCAAGUGAAGAAGUCUUGGGCCAAGCAGUCCGUGGCUCUUGAUGUGCUGUCAUACCAUGCAACAUGUUCAAAAGCUGAAGUUGACAAGUUUAAGGCAGCCAACGUCCCUCUGGUGUCAGAACUUGCCAUCGAUGACAUACAUUUUGAUGACUUCUCUCUUGAUGUUGACGCCAUGAUCACAGCUGCUCUCCGGAUGUUCAUGGAGCUGGGGAUGGUACAGAAAUUUAAAAUUGACUAUGAGACACUGUGUAGGUGGCUGUUGACAGUGAGGAAAAAUUAUCGAAUGGUUCUGUACCACAACUGGAGACACGCCUUCAACGUGUGCCAACUGAUGUUUGCGAUGCUCACAACUGCAGGGUUUCAAGAGAUUCUGACCGAGGUGGAAAUUUUAGCAGUGAUUGUGGGAUGCCUGUGUCAUGACCUUGACCACAGGGGAACCAACAAUGCCUUCCAAGCUAAGAGCGGCUCCGCCCUGGCCCAGCUCUACGGAACUUCCGCUACCUUGGAGCAUCACCAUUUUAACCAUGCUGUGAUGAUCCUUCAAAGUGAGGGUCACAACAUCUUUGCUAAUUUGUCCUCCAAGGAAUAUAGUGACCUUAUGCAGCUUUUGAAGCAGUCAAUAUUAGCAACGGACCUCACGCUGUACUUUGAGAGGAGGACUGAAUUCUUUGAACUUGUCAGUAAAGGAGAAUAUGAUUGGAACAUCAAAAACCAUCGUGAUAUAUUUCGAUCAAUGUUAAUGACAGCCUGUGACCUUGGAGCCGUGACCAAACCGUGGGAGAUCUCAAGACAGGUGGCUGAACUUGUAACCAGUGAGUUCUUUGAACAAGGAGAUCGGGAGAGAUCAGAACUCAAACUCACUCCUUCAGCUAUUUUUGAUCGGAACCGGAAAGAUGAACUGCCUCGGUUGCAACUGGAGUGGAUUGAUAGCAUCUGCAUGCCUUUGUAUCAGGCGUUGGUGAAGGUCAAUGUGAAACUGAAGCCGAUGCUGGAUUCCGUGGCGGCGAACAGAAGUAAGUGGGAAGAGCUGCACCAGAAAAGGCCGCUGGCGUCGGCUGCCUCCCCCUCCUCCGCCAGCCUCUUGCCGGCCGCCGGGGAAGACAGAAACUAACCGUCCAGCUUCGCGGCCGCCGCAGAAUGACAGUGUCCUGAAGGGCCGACCUCGGUCCAGUCGGCGGCAUCCCUUGGCCCCUUUUCGCUCAGGCAGAUGAGGUCUCAGUUUGCGCGGGGAAGCACGCCUGGGCUUUCCCCUUGAAGGGGGGUCAACAGAGGAGAGCGCGGCCCAGAGGGACGCAGCCGCAGGCGGGGAGGGAGCGCGGCCCGGGCCCUGGGCUUUCCCCGCCGGCCGGCCGCCGAGCACCCAGGGCCUG